AUCUUAAUUAUGAAGCAAAUUAAUUGUUACAGGAAAUAUUGGUUGAUAGGACAAUUCAUGCUGCUAUUGGUCGCUUUUUUCCUUCUAAUUCAACUUUUGACAAAUCUGAGAAGCCUACAUUAGUUCGGGAUGAUUUUUCACAAGCAAUGCAUGAGUUUCUGCCAGUUGCGAUGCGCGAUAUUACUAAAUCUGCCUCUGAAGGUGGUCGCUCUGGGUGGGAGGAUGUUGGUGGUCUUGUUGAUAUUAGAAAUGCUAUUAAAGAGAUGAUUGAAUUACCUUCAAAAUUUCCAAGUAUCUUUGCACAAUCUCCUUUAAGGCUGCGGUCAAAUGUUCUCUUAUAUGGCCCUCCUGGCUGUGGAAAAACACACAUUGUUGGUGCUGCUGCUGCUGCUUGUUCAUUAAGAUUUAUAUCAGUGAAAGGGCCUGAACUUCUGAAUAAAUAUAUUGGUGCUUCUGAGCAAGCUGUUCGAGACAUAUUCUUAAAAGCAUCUGCUGCAUCACCAUGCCUUCUCUUUUUUGAUGAAUUUGAUUCCAUUGCACCAAAAAGGGGGCAUGACAACACUGGAGUCACUGAUCGUGUUGUUAAUCAAUUUCUGACUGAAUUGGAUGGUGUGGAAGUUUUGACUGGUGUUUUUGUGUUUGCUGCAACUAGUAGACCAGAUUUACUUGAUGCUGCACUGUUGCGACCUGGUAGGCUAGAUCGCCUUCUUUUCUGUGAUUUCCCAUCUCGGCGUGAGAGGUUGGAUAUUCUUACAGUUCUUUCUAAAAAGCUACCAUUAGCUGAUGAUGUUGCCAUGGACGCCAUAGCUUAUAUGACAGAAGGAUUCAGUGGAGCUGAUCUCCAAGCUCUUCUCUCCGAUGCACAGCUAGCAGCAGUUCAUGAGGUUCUGGCGACUGCAGAUAACAAAGAGCCUGGAAAAAUGCCAGUCAUUACGGAUGCCCUUCUGAAAUCUGUUGCUUCCAAAGCAAGACCAUCCGUCUCAGAUGCUGAGAAGGAGAGAUUGUAUACCAUUUACAACCAGUUUCUAGAUUCAAAGAAAUCAACUGCACAGUCAAGGGAUGCAAAAGGCAAAAGGGCAACCCUAGCAUAGCAAAUAAUCGAUCCUGUUGCACCCAUUGUUCCUUGAGGAUAACGAUCAAUUUUGUAUUCUAUAUGUUUCUAAUAUUUCUCAUACCUAUGAUUAUUCACCAUGUAAACUCACUGCAACUCAGCAGCUUAUUCCUAAUAAAACGUUGCUUAUGCAUUGAGAGUGCAUUUCAAACA